CCUUAACUUUCAAAACAGAGUCAAUACAAAACAAAAAACCAUGGCUGAGUUAGGAACUGAGUUAGAGAACCUAAACUCGGUACCAAAGAUGAUCACCUUCCUCUCUUCUCUCCUUCAACGAGUCGCCGAGUCGAACGACAUCCAUCGUCGAUUAGAACCCCAGAAAGUGUCUGUUUUCCAUGGCCUUACUCAACCUACAAUCUCUAUUCAAAGUUACUUAGAGAGAAUUUUCAAAUAUGCAAAUUGUAGCCCUUCUUGCUUUGUUGUUGCUUAUGUUUACCUUGAUCGUUUCACUCAAAGACAGCCAUUAUUACCCAUUAAUUCUUACAAUGUUCAUCGUCUUUUGAUCACUAGUGUCAUGAUUUCAGCAAAAUUCAUGGAUGAUAUGUAUUACAACAAUGCAUAUUAUGCCAAAAUAGGUGGAAUAACCAUCACAGAAAUGAAUUUCCUUGAGGUGGAUUUCUUAUUUGGUUUGGGAUUUCAUUUAAAUGUGACACCCAACACAUUUCAUACAUAUUGUUCAUAUCUUCAAAGAGAAAUGUUGCUACUCCAACCCCCUCUAAAUGUUGUUUCUGAUUCGUCGUUAAUUAUGACAAAAUCAUCGAUUAAUUUUCACUCAUGUUUCAAUGACGAUGAACCCUCCUCUCAUCAACAACAACAGCAACAACAACAACAACGACAAUUAGCUGUUUAAUUAGCUAAUUAACGCGAUUUGAUGAUUAGAACUUAAGUUGUACUUAGCUUGUAGAGAUAAUCUUUGUCUCUUCUUUUUUUUUUUUUUUUUUCCACUUGUUGGUGAAAAUGAGCAAUAUGGCAUUACUCUCCCUUAGUUGGUUUCUCUCUUUUUCUUUAUUUCUUUUUUUGUGUCACUUUUUUAGGCAAAUAUUGGAUCUCCAAUUAAGUUUAGUCAGAUUGUACAGGUGGGUGUCUUUUCUUUACAGACUGGCUAGGAAAGUUUUAAAUGUUAUAUGUGCUCUCACUUUCUUACCAAGUUGUAUGUAGUACUGUAGAUCAGUAGA